AUGACGACGUGGCAGAAUUGUUUCUCCGAUCUGGAUGUGGAGAAGACCGAUUCUUUCAAUGAACUAUUCAGCAUAAAUAACUCUACAAUUGAUCCUGAGGAUUAUGACUUCCUUAAGGACUUCAUUCACCAACCUCCUCACUUCUCUUCCAUGAGUCACACUACUCAUCAGUCUCCCCUUCUCGAAAGCAUCGCCGCCGUCAGUAACGACUCCUCCGCCAGCCAACCGAAGCAUAACAGCCCGAGUUCGAUCAUCUCAGGACUCAGUACUAUCUCCGACAAACCGCCGCCUGAGAAACAUGAACCUGAGAACAAGCGUGCUUCGCUGAAACGGACUCCGCCAGAAAGCCGUAACAGUGACCCAAAGGCCAAUCAAAGGACGAGGAAGACGAGAAGUUUAUCCGAGUCGCUGGAUCAUAUAAUGUCUGAGAGAAAAAGAAGACAAGAACUCACUGAGAAGUUCAUUGCUCUUUCUGCUACAAUUCCUGGUCUCAAGAAGAUUGACAAGUCGUCAGUAUUGAGCGAAGCGAUCAACUACGUGAAGAAACUUCAAGAACGAGUGAGAGAGUUAGAGAAACAGAAGAAGAAGAUGAGCACCGAGUUACCAUCAUUGUCAAGCAUGAAGAAAUUACAUCACCAUCAUCAUCAAGACACAACAUCAUCUUCUGAAACAAUGACACUGGGCUCUGAAUCUGAUCAUGAUGAUGAUGAUGAUGAUGAUGAGUGCUUCAGAAUGAACGAAGCAUUGCCUGAAGUUGAAGCGAGAGUUUCACAGAAGGAGAUUCUGAUCAGGAUCCACUGUGCGAAGCAAAACAUUGUGAUGCUUAAUAUAUUGGCCGAACUCAAAAGCCUCCAUUUCUCCAUCAUCAGUACCAGCGUCUUAACAUUUGCAAAUUCUGCUCUUGACAUUACCAUCAUUGCUGAGGUCGAGGAACAUAAAAUAACGUUGAAGGAGCUUGUUGAAAAGCUUCGAUUGGCUCUGUUGAAGACAUCUGGCAACCAACAGUGA